AUGUCCAAUGAAUUAGGUUCACCUGAUGAAAUUGAUGGUAGAAUGCCAUCACCACGUGCCAAUGCAUUAACAAAACUUGACCAAAACGCAUCCAUUGGUGGUAUUAGUAAUAACAACCAGAUUGUUAACGGUAAUGGUGGUAGUGGUAACGGUAUUGGUAUUGGCGGUGGUGGUGGUGGUGGUGGUGGUAUUAUCGAUAAUAGUGGACUUGAUAGUGCUAGUAUAAGUCCAAAUAAUGAUCAUAUAAAUUCUGAUUCAAAGGAUAAUUCAUUGGAAAAUUUGAAUCAUAAUUCAAAUAAUCUUAAUCUACAUCAUAAUCACAAUAAUCAUAACAAUAAUAGUGAUGAUGAUGAUGAAAUAUAUGAUACCGAAGGUACAGCAAUUAUUGGAACAAGUGGUAUUAUCGGUGGUAAUAAUACAACACGUUCUCAUCAACAUCAAAAUCAUCAUCAUCAUUCAUUAUACCAAACAAAUCGUAAUCAUAUUGGUAGUGGUACUAAUAUUACCAGCAAUAACAAUAAUACAAAUACAUUAAUGCGGCGCAGACAUAAUUCUACAUCAAUGUUAGUAAAUAAUACAAAUAAUAGUAAUACUAGCAAUAGUAUUGGUAUUGGAAUACAUCAGAAUCAUCAUGGUGGUAGUAGCUAUGGCGAUUGGACGCGUAAUUCAAAUCAAAAUAAUUUGAAUAAUAAUAUUGGUGGUCAGCAUAGUCGUACGGGUAGUCCACCAAGUAUUAUUGGUGAUAAUAUGAGCGAAAAUUCGUCACAACCACCAGUUUCAUGGUAA